UAUCAGCGAAUUACAGAUUAAAAUGGAGCAUUCUUCUAAAAAGCGGCGUGGAGAAUGGACAGAAACACAGUUGAGAUCCGCCUUUCAAGCAGUAAAAAGCCGCCAAAUGUCACAGCGAAAAGCUGCUGAAACAUAUGGCAUACCAAGGCGAACAUUAAGAAACCACAUAGAAUCUGGUUCGAUGGAGAAGAUAACUGGUCGUGUCCCUGUUCUUAAUAAAUCACAAGAAAAGGAUUUAUGCAAAAGGAUAAUUAGACUGUCUCAGAUAGGAAUGCCAUUAACUCCAAAAAUUGUUCGGAAGCAGGCUUACGAAUUUUGUAAAGCGAAUAAUGUACCGAAUGUUUUUAGUGAUAAAAAGAAUAUUGCUGGAAAAAAAUGGCUCACAAAGUUUUUGAAACGCAAUCCAGAAUUAUCACUUCGAAGGGCUCAAAUGUUAAAUCCCGCCAGAGCACAAAAACUCAACAAGGCAAUAGUUUCAAAACAUUUUGAAGCCCUAAAAGACAUUUACGAUGAGUUAAAUAUUUCCAUCCACCCGGAACGUCUAUAUAACAUGGACGAAAAGGGAUGUCGGCUAACACUACACCACCAGCAGAAGGUUUUCGCAGCAAAAGGGACCAAGAGAGUGCACUUUGUGAGUCAAGAACAUGCAGAAAAUGUCACAGUCGCUAUGUGUGUAAGUGCAACGGGCAACACUGUGCCACCUAUGAUUCUUUUUAAGGGCAAAAGGUUGAGACCUGAAUUUUGUGACAAUUUACCACCUGGUAGUUUAGUCAAAAUGGCUCCAAAGGGCAGUAUGACGACCGAACUUUUUGUUAAUUUCAUACAUCACUUAGGGCAGAAUAAAACUUCAGGAAAAUGCCUUUUAAUUUUUGAUGGGGCCUCUUCACAUUUAGACGCAAGAAUCGUUGACGCUGCUGAUGUCCAUAAUAUUGUACUCUAUUGCUUGCCUUCAAAUACGACCCAUGAACUUCAACCACUAGACAAAUCUGUUAAUAAGUCUUUCGAACAUUUUUGGGACGAGGAGGUUUUGUUGUAUGCAUAUCAGCAUCCAGAACGUAAACUGACUAAAGCUCGUUUUACGAAAAAUUUUUCAAAAGUUUGGUCUAAGUGCAUGACCAAGGACAAUAUAAUCAGUGGAUUUAGAGCUACCGGCAUCUUCCCGUACGAUCCCAGCGCAAUUCCUGAAGAAGCGUAUGCACCUUCAGUACUUACACUAAUUCCCGAUCCACAGCUGGCAAGUUCCUCAAGAAUGCCCCCUUUAGUUUCUAAUUCAUCACCUUCAAGACAUUCUAUUCCCGUAAGUCCUGUUAUGUACCAAAAAUGCAACAGUCAUUCGGAUGAAACAUUUUCAAAUCAUGAAGAAGAGGACAGGAAUUUGUCACCAUCAAUUUUAAUUCACGAAGAUUUAUCCCCAAAUCAUGCAAAUUACGUCAAAAUCGUUGAAUCUUAUCCGCAUACUCCAUCUUUUGUCAAAAAAUUAGUUAAUUAUAGCUCCUCUUUUGAAGAUUUUGACAUGGAUAACUUGGAGAAUCAAGAUCCGACUCAAAAGCUACCUGUUUUAGAGAAAUAUAAUAGAAGUACAGAGUUUUGUUCACCCAUUCCUACUACCUCUGGCUUUAAUAAGCAGCCGCGUAGCAUACCGCGUUUAGGUUCAAGUACGCCUGAUUCAUCUGAAAAUGAGGAUUUUCAUGAAGGACUUUCUACAAAGCGUUUUAAUAUUUAUACUUCAUCUUCUGAAUCAGACGAAGAAAAUUUAAAUGCGGACCGAAAACUUCCAUCGCACCCUGAGCCCAGUAAAUUUCAACAUCCGGAAGAUAAUUUACCUUUAUCAGAACUGAAAAAAUAUGCUGAGAAAUCACCAUUUCACAAACAAAUCCCCACUCCUAACUUCGCUACCAUUAAAUACAAACCGAGAAGAAAAGCAAUGAAUUAUAUAGGCCAAAAAAUAACAAAAGAUUUGUUUGAUACUGUUAAAGAAAAAACGGCGAAGAACACUAAAAGAACAACCAAAAAAACUAAACUAAGCAGACAACCGAGUGACGCUGAUACAGCUAAAAAUUUGCAGCUUACAAUAAUCCAGAGACAGAAAGGAAAACAACCGAGUAACUCUAAUAAAGGUAAAAAACAAAUAAACAAAAAAAAAGGUAACAAACUUAAAAAAGUACCCAGAGGAAGACGACUAAAUGAAGAUAUUAAUAAGAAAGAAAAUAAGAAGAAGGACUCUAAAACACUCGAAAAACAUGGUUGGUAUUGUAAUGGAUGCAAGGUUGAUAGACUUGAUGAUAUGCGUCAAUGUCAAAAAUGCCAAAAAUGGUAUCAUGAAGUCUGUGUGGGUUUAACCAAAGACGAUGAGGAGCAAUUCAUAUGUCCAGAGUGCAAUUAAACUUCUGAUGAAGCUAUUAAGUAAAUUCACUAAAAAACUGAAAAGAAUCUUAAUUCUCUUCAGUUUUUUUAGGAGUCUCACUCAAUUAAAGACUAUAGGAGUCUUAUUUGUUUUAAUUACUUAAGUCUAUUGUGAUUGAUCUCAAAGUUAUUUUUCAGUAUUCCUUAGAU